AUGUCUAAUGAUAAUCAUUACCAGUUUGAAGUUGUUAUGACAUGUUCUGGCUGUUCCAACGCAGUUAACAAGGCAUUAACACGCUUGGAACCUGAUGUUAGUAAUAUUGAUAUAUCAUUAGAGAACCAAACUGUCGAUGUACACUCUAGUUUACCAUAUGAAACUGUAUUAGAAAAGAUUAAGAAAACUGGUAAAGAAGUUAAAUCUGGUAGAACAUUGUAA